AAACUUCUUCCUCAGACUCCUCCAAUCUCUUCAACAUCGAUCCUUCUCAAGGUAGUGCAGGAAAUUCAAGAGCAUAUGGAAAGUGACCAGGUGACAACCAAGGACGUGAGAGUUCAAAUGCCACCAUCUAGGAGUGAGGUCAUGUCAGGUGCUGUGGUGGAGCUUCAAGGCGCUUCUAAUUUGGGACAAGGUGGCCUUCAGAGACAACCUAGCAUGACCAAGACCAAUUGUCUAUGUUCUCCAACCACACAUGCCGGUUCCUUUCGUUGCAGACUUCACCGCACCCCUAGUCUUCAGAGGACCAAAAGCAUGGAAUCAGAGGCAUCCACGGUUCAUGCUUCCAUCGUUCAUUCUGUUGCUGAUCCCAACAAGGAUACACUUCAUUGACUGCUAAAUAUUAUUAAGCUGUUAUAUAUACAUAGUAACUUGUCUUUGUUCACUUGAGUUGUGUAUUUUGCUACGCUAUCUAUUUAUGAUCGCCAAAUGUAAACAUGUUUGUCAUGGAAAUGUAUAAUUUUACUCUAUUUGAAUGUCAUGUAAACAAUUUGGGAUCA